AUGGUUCAUGAUUUUUUUAGAGACCGUGAUUUGCGAGUAUCACGAGAAGCUGAUUUUGCACGGGUGAUCGCCGAGACGUGUCUCACGGAGCCUCGAUCAGAUCCACGACUAGAGUGGUCGUUCAAGACAGCGUCUUUAUACGGUUUUGGCAUCCUCACCACAUUAGGUUACGGUAAAGUGGAACCACGAACACCAAAUGGUCGAAUAUUCACCGUCAUUUAUGGUUUCAUAGGUAUACCAGUAACGGUUAUACUGCUCACAAAUCUCGGGCGAUAUCUGGAACGAUUGACUCAAAAAGCUCGCCGAAUGUGCUCUCGGCCAGACUCCGAGAGCGAAAGUAUAAACGGAACAACAUUAUUUUUUAUCAUGAUUCUUUAUCUGUUACUGGGCGCUUUCUUCAUUCCACUCCUUCAUGGACAGCUUGAUUUUUUCAAUGGCAUCUAUUUCGCCUUCAUCUGUCUGACGGCAAUUGAGUAUGGAGAUCUAGUGCCUGACAAUAACUGGUACAUUCCUAUUGUUAUCGUCUAUGUAUGUAUUGGUCUAGCAAUUUCGACAAUCGCUUUAGAUAUCGGAUCGUACUACGUGCGAAAGUUACACUAUAUUGGUCAAAAGUUAAAAAAUAUCGCCAAUAUUCGAAUAUGGUUUGGAUCAAGAGAUCUACAAGUAAAGGAGCUGAUCACCGCUGUUGGACAGAACAUCGGCAUUGGCGAUCAGAUUAUGGCCGAUAUCGAUCUGGAAACGCUCGUUCAUACAGCAAUUCAAGUGAAACUUGGCCGAUUAUCUCGUGUUCCCCAGACACAUAUGAUCGUCGAGGGUAUAUGGCCACCAGAAUUGGUCCCACUAUUUCUCAAGGAUGGUCAAUUUCCGCUGUUUGUCGAUUCUGAAGACGAUCUCUUGGAUAUGACACCAAAGAAGACUGUCGUUCGCUUCCAGGUUCGUUCUAGAGUUUGUUUUCUGAGUGUUUCUGACUGGCAAUGGCCCUUUUGUCACUGCCCCAUCCGAUAUGCCUGU